AUGUGUAACCUCAUCUCUGAACAACUGAUAGAGCUUGGGUCGGGGUUAGAGGCAUCAAAUAGACCGUUCAUUUGGGUUGUAAGGGGAUACAAGCAAUCAGAGGAACUGGAGAAAUGGAUUUCAGAAAAUGGAUUCAAGGAAAGAACGAAAGAAAAUAGCCUUCUGAUUCGGGGUUGGGCUCCACAAACACUUAUAUUAUCACAUCCUGCAAUUGGCGGGUUCUUAACACACUGUGGCUGGAACUCCACAUUGGAAGCGAUAUGUGCCGGGUUGCCCUUGAUCACAUGGCCACUGUUUUCGGACCAAUUCCUCAAUGAGACACUAGUUGAACAGAUUCUAAAGAUUGCAGUGAAAGUUGGGGUGGAAUAUCCACUGAAGUGGGGAGAGGAGGAGAAGAUUGGGGUGUUGGUGAAAAAGGAAAAUGUGAAGGAGGCCAUAGAAAAAUUGAUGGAUGGAGAAGAAAGCCAAGGCAGAAGAGAAAGAGCUAAAAAGUUUGGAGAAAUGGCAAGGAGAGCAGUAGAAGAAGGGGGAUCUUCUCACCUCAACAUUGCACUGCUAAUCCAAGAUAUCAUGCAACAGGGAAGUAACUGCAGUCAGACAAACUAA